AUGGUUGAUUUCCGUGCAAAGUUCGUGCUAGCGCCUAUGGUUCGUGUAGGAGAGCUUCCUACACGACUGUUGGCACUUAAGUAUGGUGCCGAUUUGGUUUGGGGCCCAGAAAUUAUCGAUAAACGUUUGGUUCGUGCAGAGCGAGUGUUCAACCCGAAAUUGAAUACAGUGGAUUUUAUCCAAAAGGAUGGAAACAAAAAGAUCCCAGGAACAACCGACCUUGUCUUCAGAACAUACAGAAAGCUGGAGCAAGACAAAUUAAUUUUCCAGUUGGGCACCGCCAAUCCUGAUCUUGCAGUGCAAGCUGCUAAAAUUGUCGCUGCUGAUGUUGAUGGUAUUGAUGUGAACGCUGGUUGCCCGAAGCAUUUUUCUGUUCAUAGUGGAAUGGGUGCUGCAUUGCUAAAGACACCCGAUCUGCUGUGUGAUAUCCUGGUGGCCCUGGUGGAACACGUGGGUGUUCCGUUCAAAAAGCCUAUCAGUGUGAAGAUUAGAUUACUCGCAGAGGAGGAAAAUACAUUACAACUUGUCCGUCGUCUUGUGAAAACAGGUAUUAAAAAUCUAACAGUGCAUUGUCGGACGAGGGAAAUGAGGAAUGGUCAAGAUCCGAUUAGGGAUUAUGUUGACAAGAUUAAGGAAAUUUGCACGGAAGCAGGUGUGAGCAUGAUUAUUAAUGGAGGUGUGAAAUCUUAUCAAGAAUACAGGGAUCUACAAAAGAUGUUCGGAGAUGAUGUGGGCUGCAUGAUUGCGUCUAAGGCCGAGGUAAAUCCUACUAUUUUUAAUGCGUCUGGGCCCUUGCCAUGGCCAUUGAUGGUGAAAGAAUAUGUGCGUUUUGCAGCCCAAGUGAAUAAUUCCAACACAAACACAAAAUAUUGUUUGGCCACAAUGAUGCCGAAUCCACGGGGAAAGAAUGUUAUCUGCAGGCUUGUUAGCCAGUCCAAGAAAAUUGAGGAAGUGGUGGACGCGGUCUUGAACAAGAUGGACGACGAAGGCGCAUUUAUUGGCGACAAAUCGUCGGCACCGGGCGACGAUGUCAAGAUUGAGAACCACAAGGAUCUCAAGCGCAGACUUGACCUUGAAGAUAUCGAAACCAUCAAGCGCAUCAAAGUUUAA